CCCAAUCAUGGCAGACUUUGUUCAUAUCGAGCACCCAACAUCCGAAGACCCUCUCAACGACAAAUCGAACAAUGCCCGACCAACUCCACUAGAAGUCACACCUGCGAAGCCGGACCUGAGAUUCUUGGAUGUGCAUCCUUUUGUCAGGCAAACCGUGAUAGACCGGGUCUAUGGAUGUAUAAUUGGGUCUGCAUUGGGAGACACAAUUGGCUUGUACACGGAGUUCUUGCCGAAGCAUGCUUGUGAGACGAUUUAUAAAGAGAGGGCAUUCAGGCUUGUAGAGCCUACAACGGAGUGGUAUCCGGACAGCCAUAGGAAUCGGUUCGAGAAAUGCGCUUGGACAGACGAUACAGAUCAGGCCAUCCUUAUUCUUCUUGCAUAUUUACAGGCCCAAUCCUCUCCUGACGCCCUCAAAAAGGUUCCGCAAAGUUUCGCUUCACGCCUCCAAAUCUGGUGCACUCAAGGCCUCCGAGCUCUUGAUAGGCCCCCUUGCGGGAUUGGCGCUCUCGUUGGCUCUGUGACCAUGAACCCUGAUUAUCUAAAGGACCCGGUUGAUAUAGCUACCAAACGGUGGCUGAAGACGCGACGACAUGCAGCCCCCAAUGGAAGCCUAAUGCGGACACACCCAAUUGGGGUGAUUUGUGUCGGAUUGAGUGAAGUGGAGACCUGGAACGUAGCGACGGAAGUGGGCAGAACGACUCAUGUUGAUCCACGAUGUGUUGUUGCAUGUUGCAUUUCCGUGGGCUUGAUCCGUGGUAUGAUCCGUGGAGAGAUCCUCAGCGAAGGAGACGUUGAUAAAGCGAUUGAACGCGCAUACAGCUGGGUGUUCGCGCAGCCAGAACUCAUGAACCCAGGUCUCGAUCCUGACAUUACCGAAUGGGAAAUCAAAAGACAUCUUGAACGCAAAGAAUUUGAGCGCCACGUUUACGCGACGAAUUUACCAGAGUUACAACUCGAUAGUGCUAUGGAGAUGGGAUAUAUCUACAAGUGCUUGGGCUCUGCUCUUGUGACUCUGCGUAAGGCCAUUCGCGCCUCAAAGAUGGGUUCAAUCUCGCCACCCGCGCUCUUCGAAGAAUUAAUUACGGAUCUCAUCAUGGAAGGGGGUGACUCAGAUACAAAUGGAGCAGCGGCAGGUGCUCUCUUGGGUGCAUGGGUAGACUAUAGCAACUUGCCUCCUCACUGGUCUAAUGGACUGGCUCACAAGGAGUGGCUCAUUUCUAAGACAAGACGGUUGACACAAGCCGUGGGAAUUAUAGAAGGCACAGUAGCCGAAGUCAAAGACGAGGCGCCGGAUGGCGGGAAGGGACUGAUGACCGAAAAGGAAUUAGAGCAGAGAGAUCGAGAUUUCCUAUUUGUGAUCUUGCAGAAAGACAAGGAGAGGAAGGAAAAAGAAGAGAGAGAGAGAAGAAAGAGUCAGGGGAAAGGACUUGCUGGAUGGUUCAAAAAGUGAAUUGGAAGAAGCAUCUGCAUUGCAUCACUUAGUACCAAUGCUUGUGGGUUAUAAGAGCGACGGCAAUGAAGAACUAGAGUAACGAGGGCGGUGCAAGGUAUACC